GCUUAUGGAAUGACCUUGUUAGCGCACUAGCGCUACCAGCGGUGGCUUUUGGAACUAGCCAGUCUCAGCUGCUUCAUAGCGUCAUUGUCAGUGUGUUGUAAACAAAGCAGAGUGUCGGAGUACAGGGCUCCUAAAUAAAUGUCUCUACGUUGGAAAUUCUUAGUUGAUCAUUAAAAUCAAAUGAAGACAUGCCAUCGUUGUUGGAGGCGAUAGAAUGCAAGUACGGCGAGGUGGAGGCCUUGACCGGUAACGGGCCGCUGACGGCCGAUCUGCCUGUGGCGAUUUAUGUGCCGAAGAAGUCGCCGCGACGCUGCAUUCCCUCGCUGCUGGUGCUCAAUGACUUGGGCAUCGACUCUGCCGGCGCCGGCCGGAGUGAGGGCAGGGAGGUGCUCGAGGACAAAUGUCAGAGGGUCGAGGAGUUGGAUCUGGCGCAGAAUAAUCUCAACAGUUGGGCUGAGGUAAUGAACAUUUUGACGAGCAUGCCUCGCCUGAAGUUCGCCAACUUGAGUUUCAACGCGCUGAGUGAGUGCUUGAGUCACAGCUCACUGCAGGACUUCCCCCACCUCAGGAAUCUGGUGCUCAACUCCACCAACAUUGAGUGGGCCAGCGUUCGCAAGCUACUCUCACACCUUCCAAAUUUGGAAGAACUACAUUUAAGUAAGAACGAAAUGAGCUCCGUCGAAUUGGAGAAUCCACUUACUGAUGAAUGCGUCAAGCACAAUAACAUCAAAAGUUUACACUUCACAGGAAACCCAAUCACCCACUGGCGUGAAAUCUGCAAACUGGGUGAAGCAUUCCCGCAACUAGAGUCCCUGGUUCUAGCCCACUGUCCCCUCUCCUCGCUCGAUCCGUGCGCUCCUAUUGCCGACAGUUCACCCUCCAGUUCGCCAAACUGUUCGCCGAACUGUUCGCCCGGAGGUUACUCACGAACAGAGAGCGAAUGCGAGGGAAGUGAGAAGCGCGAUUCGCCGCAUGAGCCGUUCAGGCAAUUGGGGUUCAUCAACCUAAAUCACACCCUGUUGUCUUCGUGGGAGGAUGUGGAGCGAUUAGGGAAGUUUCCUGCGCUGCAUAGUUUGCGCAUACUCAAUUGCCCGCUGUUUGAGUACCCGCAAGAGUACACAGAACACGAGCGACGAUGGUUAUUGGUUGCCAGGCUGCCCAACAUACAGACCCUGAACGGCGGAGGGGUGAUCGGGGCAGAGGAGAGGGAGGAUGCUGAGAGGGCUUUCAUCAGGUACUACAUGGACAAACCUGAGAGUGAUCGACCUGAACGUUACACAGAUUUGGUAGCAAUCCACGGCAAACUAGACCCACUGGUGAGCAUUGACCUGCGACCUGAGAGCAGAGUGAAGGUGUUGGUGACAUUUCCCCAGGAGAACAUGGCCGAGGAGCGACAAAUCAACGUCUACCAGACUGUCAACGAGCUCAAGCAGAAGUUGGAGGCCUUCGCCAAGAUACCUUGUGCUAAGAUGAGGCUGUUCUACGUCGAUCAGGACAUGAAAACCAUCACCGGCCCUGAAGAAAUGAAAUACCCCAACAAACAGCUGUACAGCUACAACAUUAGCAGCGGAGACGAAAUCAUAGUUAGUUCGAAAUUCGAAAAGACUACUAGUUUGAAGUGAGCGCCGUGGGAGUUGUGUAGCGAAGCACGGGUAUGGUACAUGGUUUAUUCAGAAAGUGAGCGGUAGAAGAAGUCCUGUUGCGAAGCACGGGCUCAGUUGGUUGAGGGUCUUGACUUGUAACGUGGGGGAAAUUGUGUAAAAUAGGUUGGAAAACCGUAGGUAGAUUUGGAAAUGGUUUGUUGUGAUUUGUUAUAGGCUAAUAACGUGAGGAGUUGAAGGAUUCAUGUAGCGAGGCACGUGUAAGAUAGAUAUUGUUUUUUCGAAGUAUUUGGCGAGCAUAUUGUAUGGUGAGGUUCGUUUCAACCUGUCAGCAUUGGUUGUAUGGGAAGUAUUGAGUAUUAUCUACUCAAAUUCAAAUUAAAAAUAAUUUAUUUUGCCAUAAAAUAAUACAGAUUGAUAAAAUACUAACUUACAAAAUGGCACUACCGGCAAAGAAAAACUUGUGCGCCGGCAGUGAGUUUGAACAACUAGGUACAGAAAACAUGUCAAUCUACUAUACAUAUCAUCUACUGUAUUUAUAAUAAUAAUAUCGAGUAACCUGGCUGGCUCAGGUCUGGUGUCAGAGUUUUCAGGUCGCAACUGAUCAAUUUCAGGUCGCGAAUGAUCAAUUUCAGGGCCUCUGACAUGACCUAACGACUUCUUUUGAGGCAGCCGGGACCGACGACGACUCAACGUGUUCAUCCAAAACACGGGACUGGCCCGAGAAAAGUAUAAUGAACGAAUGUUACAGAUUUGAAAGUAAAUCUCACUACAGGCAAGAGCUUGUUAAGAAUAUGAUUUGUUUGAAUAUUGGAUAAAUUUUUCGCGAAGCACGGGUUAGUGAAGAAAUUGUUCCCGUCUUUACAGUGGAAAAUACAAUUCUCGAAAAACAAGGGCUAUGAAGAAAUUUAUAGAUGAUUAUGGUACAGUGAGAUUAAUUUUAAACUGUCAGUAUAUCUCAUAAAACCAUCAAUGCUGAAUCAACCAAUUUUUUUCCUUCAAUCCGUCAUUAUAUGGUUUGCAUUGAUAUUUUUUAAAAGGAAUGCUCUGACAGUUUGAAGUAAAUGGGUGGAAUUAAUGCUUUUCAUAAUGAAUGCUGACAAUUGAAAGUGAAUCUUACUAUAGCAAGAUGGAAUCUGACAAUCGUGAUUACUUUUUAUCAGAAACAUUAAAUUUCAAUCCUGAAAUUUGUUCAGGAAUUUAGAGAGUCUAACAUCCAAGAGCUCAUUCAUUAAUUGUUUGAGUUUUGGCUGAAAGUCAAGGGAAUCGUGUAGCCUAAAACAGAGGUUUAAAGGUGUGAUUUAAUGUUAGAAAGGAGAAUGAUAAAUAUGCUAAAAAGUUCAUGAAACAAGGAUUUCUUUGGAAGUUUGAGGAAUCGUGAAGUCAAGCACGAGGGUUUAAAGGAGCUAUAUUCAUUUUGUGGAAGGUAAUAAUGACAACAGUAAUGAAAAUAAUAAGAGAAACAUUUAAUUUUUCUGGUUUUAUUCUAUUAAACUCUCAAUUCGUUUUUACUGAUUGAAGGAUUGGUUAUUUAUAAAUACAUUACAAAGAAAGUUGAAAUUCUUUUCUAGAGUCAGAACCAGUAUUGUGAUUGUAUUAAUAAUAUAUUCAUCCAUCUACUCUCAUCCUGACAAUUGUAUAACAACUACAGUAGCUUAAUACAUGAAGUUCUAAAGAUAAACUCAUAUUAAAUUAAGUCAAUAAAUUUUGUGUGGCACAUAUGAAUUCUCGGGGAAAAUGUGUGAGUUUGUUUAUGGAUUUUAAACUGUCUUAAUCAUAAUUGAAGAAAGUUUGAAGCUAUCUGAUGGGCUACUUUCAUCAUUAAUUACUAAUCUGGCUCAAAAUUUUGUUUUUUCCUAAAUAAGUACCUAUUUCAAGACUUGUUUAUGUCGAGAGUAAUGGCCACAGUUGAAUUCAGAAAUUGUUAAAGUAGCCCGAGUUAUAUUAUAUGAAGUAGAAGUGAUUAAAUAUAAAUCUAAAGUCAAUAAUUUGCUACCGUACAUCGUUUUUGUUUUUAUUAAUACAGUUCCCUUACAAAAUGAAGAGGCAGCUAUUAUUGUUGAAAUUGUUGUGUUAUUUGAUAUUAUUCUAAAGUUUUGUUCUAUCAAUCUUUCACCUUCAUUUUGUUGUAGUCGACUAUUUUAUUGAAAUUGUUGUGUUAUUUGAUAUUAUUCCAUAGUUUUGUUCUAAUAAUUUUUCACCUUUAUUUUGUUGUAGUCGACUAUUUUAUUUGUUAAAUCUUUAACAAAAUACUCCACAUAAAACCAAGGCAGCUCAAAAGUAUUUACAGACUGAUAUUUUGAUUCUCUGCCAUUAAGUCAUCUUAAAAUUAUUCAUGUAUCAUAUUAAAUCUAAUAAUACAUUUUACAAAGAAUUCUGGACUUCCAAGGACACAAUAAUUAACUAGUGAUAAAACUGCAAAACUAUUAUUGAAAAUAAGUUUGAGAAUUCUGUGAUAUCCAAAAUACUAUUGGUCUAAUAGCCCUAUAUAAAACUUUUUUUGGAAAUUGGUUUUAUUUUAUUCCAUUCAAUAAUAAAAUAAAAUUAUAGUCAUGCAUUUAACAUGAAAGAUUGAAAAUUGUCUGUUAAGAAUUGUUCAGGGUGAUACUAAAUUUGAAGACAUUCAAUUUUCAGGGUUUUAAUUAUUGUAUUCUUAAACAAUUCAUUGAAAAUAUGAAUAAUUUCUUGAUACGAGCUCAUCAAUAUGCUGUUUUUAUAUGUAUUAAAUUAAUGAAAAAUAUGAUUUUUGAAGAGUCCGGUAUGAUUGUGAAUCCUUUGGCUUGAGAUGAAGAUAAAAUAAUGUGAUUGCAGAUUUCUCCUCUCAAUGGUAAGAUGGAAAUUCAGAUUAGUUGACUAUUAUGAAAAUGAAAUCUUCAAAUGAAACAUUUCAUGAAAUGGAAUAAAAAAUAUUCAAUUGAUAUUUUCAAUGUUUGUUGGAAACUUUUUAGGAUUAUUUUAAUCCCAUAUGAAUCGAGGGAAAUCCUAGAAUACUAUUAAUCUCGCUGCUGUAAUAUAAAUACAUUUAUGUGAUGUUUAAUUUGAAGAAUAGAAUAUUAUGAAUUGUUACUUCCAUAUCAAUGAAGUCAGUAAUUGAUGUAAUAAUUUCUAGUGUAUUAAUUUUGUGUAAAAAUGUGUAUAGUUUAGUAAGUUUCAUGGUAAUUUUUAGGCUUAGUUGAUUUGCUAAACUAAUUUGCAAAUGUUGUAUGAAUGGAUAGUGUGUUUGUGAGACUAUAAAAUAGUUUUUAAAACGAAUAAUUUACUGUCAAACAGUCAAAUUAUUGCAGCUAAUUUAACUUUUUGUCAAGACUGUACUAGUUAGUGUAGGAGCACACCUUACAGCUUUAUUUACUAAAAAUAAAUUUAGAGUACAGUAAUUGAAAAUUAUUAUUAGAAGACAGUCGCUUCCUCUAAAAUCGAAGAUAUUAUGCUUCUCAUAUAAAUAUUCAACAGUUGAAACACUUGAUCAAUAAUCACUUAUUCGACACUUAAUCAAUCUGCUAGAUAAAUUCCAACCACUAUGAAUUUUAUCUGUGUAACCGAUUUUUUACUGUUUCAAAAAUAAAAACAGCAAUCUAUAGAUCCUUUUAUUGACUUGAAAUAUUGUUAAGUAUAUUUUGGAAACAAAAUCAGCAAUAUAUAAAUCCCUUUUUGACUCAAAUGAUAAACUCCUAGGGAGAAGUAAUGUUAUAAAAUUUGUAAAAAAUUCACUAUGACAAAGUUUUUGUUAAGACUUGAUUCAAUUACAAGUGCCAAUGUCAUAAUUGUUACAUACUUGUGUAACAUACUAUGCUACAUGCUGAUAUGAAUUAUUGUGUUCAUAUUCUCCUCCAGCUAUGUCCAUAUCAGCGUCAUGUCUUUCAUCUUGCAUUUCUCAUCGCAAAUUUAUAGGAUCAACAUUUUUAACGCAUGCCUUCUAUGUGCCUCUCCUUACCAACAAAUGAGGCAUGCAUGUCUUUCACGAUAAAUUUAUAAAUUUUGGUGGACAUAGCUGAAUCUGGGGAUUUCUGAGAAUAAAAACUGGGUCUAAACUAGAUACUUAACUGAAUUAUUGUCAUAUUUUUGUAAUGUUUUAGCCGAUAACACGUCAUCACUGAUAAUAAAUUUCUUUUUUGGAUUUUUA